CAGAGGAAGCGGCCGCGGAGGCGCCGGGGGGCGGGGGAGGAUCGGGAGCGGGCGGUGUCGGCGGCGGCGGCGGCGCGGAGGAGCCAGCGGCUGGGCCCGGGCCCCGAGCGUCAGUGCGCGCCCCGUGGAUGCGAAUCGGCCGCGGCGGCGGAGGAGGAGUCGGUGGGCCGGCGGCGCCGGGCCGGUGGGAGCGCGGAGGAUGAGGCCGCUGCCGGGCGCUCCCGGCGUGGCGGCGGCGGCCGCCGCGUUGUGGCUGCUGCUGCUGGCGCUGCCGCCCCGGGCGCGGGCGGACGAGCACGAACACACGUAUCAAGAUAAAGAAGAAGUUGUCUUAUGGAUGAAUACUGUUGGGCCUUACCAUAAUCGCCAAGAGACAUACAAGUACUUUUCACUUCCAUUCUGUGUGGGGUCAAAAAAAAGUAUCAGUCAUUACCAUGAAACUUUGGGAGAAGCACUUCAGGGAGUUGAAUUGGAAUUUAGUGGUCUGGAUAUUAAAUUCAAAGAUGAUGUGAUGCCAGCCACCUACUGUGAAAUUGACUUAGAUAAAGAGAAAAGAGAUGCAUUUGUGUAUGCUAUAAAAAAUCACUACUGGUACCAGAUGUACAUAGAUGACUUACCAAUAUGGGGUAUUGUUGGUGAAGCAGAUGAAAAUGGUGAAGAUUACUAUCUUUGGACGUACAAAAAACUUGAAAUAGGUUUUAAUGCAAAUCGAAUUGUUGAUGUCAACCUAACUAGUGAAGGAAAGGUCAAACUAGUUCCCAAUACGAAAAUACAAAUGUCAUAUUCAGUAAAAUGGAAAAAGUCAGAUGUAAAAUUUGAAGAUCGAUUUGACAAAUAUCUUGAUCCUUCCUUUUUUCAACACAGGAUACAUUGGUUUUCAAUUUUCAACUCCUUCAUGAUGGUGAUUUUCUUGGUGGGCUUAGUAUCAAUGAUUUUAAUGAGAACUUUAAGAAAAGAUUAUGCCCGAUACAGUAAAGAAGAAGAAAUGGAUGACAUGGAUAGAGACCUAGGAGAUGAGUAUGGAUGGAAGCAAGUGCAUGGAGAUGUAUUUAGACCAUCAAGUCACCCACUGAUAUUUUCCUCUCUCAUUGGUUCUGGUUGUCAGAUAUUUGCUGUGUCUCUUAUUGUCAUUAUUGUUGCAAUGAUAGAAGAUUUAUAUACAGAGAGAGGGUCGAUGCUCAGUACAGCCAUAUUUGUCUAUGCUGCUACAUCUCCAGUCAAUGGUUAUUUUGGAGGAAGUCUAUAUGCCAGACAAGGAGGAAGGAGAUGGAUAAAACAGAUGUUUAUUGGGGCAUUCCUUAUUCCAGCUAUGGUGUGUGGCACUGCAUUCUUCAUCAAUUUUAUAGCCAUUUAUUACCAUGCUUCUAGAGCCAUUCCUUUUGGAACUAUGGUGGCUGUUUGUUGCAUCUGUUUUUUUGUUAUUCUUCCUCUAAAUCUUGUUGGUACAAUACUUGGCCGAAAUCUGUCAGGUCAGCCCAACUUUCCUUGUCGUGUCAAUGCGGUGCCUCGUCCCAUACCGGAGAAAAAAUGGUUCAUGGAGCCUGCUGUCAUUGUUUGUCUCGGAGGAAUUUUACCAUUUGGCUCAAUCUUUAUUGAAAUGUAUUUUAUCUUCACAUCUUUCUGGGCAUAUAAGAUCUAUUACGUCUAUGGCUUCAUGAUGCUGGUGCUGGUCAUCCUGUGUAUUGUGACUGUCUGUGUGACCAUCGUGUGUACAUAUUUCCUACUAAAUGCAGAGGAUUAUAGGUGGCAAUGGACAAGUUUUCUCUCUGCCGCAUCAACUGCAAUCUAUGUUUACAUGUAUUCCUUUUACUACUAUUUUUUCAAAACAAAGAUGUAUGGCUUAUUUCAAACAUCAUUUUACUUUGGAUAUAUGGCGGUAUUUAGCACAGCCUUGGGGAUAAUGUGUGGAGCAAUUGGUUACAUGGGAACAAGUGCCUUUGUCCGAAAAAUCUAUACUAAUGUGAAAAUUGACUAAAGAUCCAAGAAAACCUGGAACUUCGGAUCAAUUUCUUUUUCAUAGGGGUGGAACUUGCACAGCAUAAAAAGCGCAAGAAGAGAUUUUGGCUUUAACACUGGGUACUUUGUGGGUCUCUUUCAUGGAUGACUUAAAGUAACAUCUAUUUCCAUUGAUCCUAUAGGUUCUUACUGACUGCUUUCUCCAACUGUUCACAGCAAAUGCUUGGAUUUUAUGAAGUAGGCAUUACUACAAUACAUGGCUAAUCUUCCCAAAAACUAGCUCAUUAAAGAUGAAAUAGACCAGCUCUCUUCAGUGAAGAGGACAAAUAGUUUAUUUAAAGCAUUUGUUCCAAUUAAAUAAAUGGAGGGAAACUUGGAUGCUAAAUUACAUGAAUAGAAAUCUUCCUGGCACGUAGUGUUUCUGUGUUACUGAAAAAUGAUGUUCCAGAAAGAUUACUUUUUUUCUCUUAUUUUUACUGCCAUCGUCAACCUAUUAUGGGACAUUUUUAUAUAUUGAGUCUGGGUUCUCUUUUGAUCUGCUUUCCCUCCCCACCCCAUUCAACUUCAUCCUUUUUUAAAAAAAUAUAUACAAAGAGAAUUAAAAAAUAUUAAAUCCUGCAUGUAAUAUCUGCUGUAAUCUUGGUUGGACCAACCUCCCAUUUAUUUAUCAUAAAUCUAUUCAGUUACAUCUUAAUUCCAUCCAAAGAAGAUAAAGUCUGAAGGUAGAGGUGUACUUUCUCUCUCUCUGCUACACAAUGUACUGUACAGUUAGAAAGCAAAGUGUUGAAUGGAGAAGAUGUUUGUUUCUAUUAAACAUUUUGAGAUUUAGAUAAACUACAUUUUAACUGAAUGUCUAAAGUGAUUAUCUUUUUUCCUCCCCUCAAGUUAGUCUUACAUCUUUUUUGGGGUUGAAUGAAGGUUUUACAUAAGAAAUUAUUAAAAAAAAAUAAGGGUGGGUGGGUGGGUAAUAAAUGUAUAUAACAUUAAAUAAUGUAACGUAGGUAUAGAUUCCCAGAUGCAUUUGGAUGUACAGAUUGACUACAGAGUGCUUUUUUCUGAUGAUGAUUGGUGUAGAAAUGUGUGAGUUCGGAUGCUUUUUACAUCUUGCCUACCACUGCAUGAAACAUGGGGCUUUCUUCAAAAUGUGUGUGUGUCUUACUUUGGGGAGGGGGGAUUGUUUUCUCUUUUUUCUGGAACUCCUACAGGAGCAAGAUUUGUAAUUAAGAAACAUUUAAUUUUGUUAAUCCUGUCUGGGGCACUUAAGUAACUUCUAAAGCAUUACUGCUUUAGAAAUGUUAAAAUAAAAUUUCCUGACCAAAUUGUUUUGUGAAAAUAGCUGUGUUUGCAAUUUGAAGAUAUCUUUUCAAAAAGAAGUAUUAUUACUGAAUGCAACUUUUAAAUUAUGCUAUGAACUAAACUUUUCUGAUACAGGGAACCCACACUUUAAAACCCUGACGCUUGCUUACAGCUAGACUGUCUAGUACUUCACCAUGUGAGUGACAAGCCCUCUGAAAGCAAUUGUGGCACGGUAACUGUUCAGGUUGGUGUACCGUGAAAAAUAGGGAUGGAAUAAAGUGGUUAGCUUACUAUUGGAUAAACAAAUAAAGGUUAUAGUUUUCUAAAUAGUGGUUUUAAUUUUUUUAAUUUUUAAUACAUCUUUCUGGGACUGUUCAUAAUGUGAAAUUUUUCCUAGGACCAUUGAGUUUCUAGUUUUAAUAGUUUGCUACACAAAUGACCACCUAAAACAGUACUAUAUAUUGGUAUUUUCAGAAAGACUGGAAACCGCUGUAUUGAAAUCUUAAUGUGAAAUUCAUGCCAUAAGUAGUUUUCAUCACAGAGUAUGUUUGUAAAUUAAUAGACUGCAUUCUGCAAUGUGACAUGUAUGGACUAUAAAGAGUGAAUUUUUGAAUUUUUUUCUAACCACUUACGUAUGACUGUCACGAGUGAAUAGAAAUCUGAUCAUAAGCUCUGAGUUCUUUCAGACCAAUUCCUUAUAGUUUGUAUAAUCCACCAGCUCUUCCAUUUUCUCUUUCUUCUCACCUGCUUUUAACAUCUUAAAAGAAACAAUCAUAUUUUAAUGGCUUAAAUAAUUUUUUACUACAAGUAAUGGACUUAACAUGUAAGUCACUGAUGGGGUAGAAAUUUGACAGCAAGCUUUUGCCUUAUUAAAAUUAAAUUUGUAUUAUGAAUCAGGUUAUGAUGUAGAAUUUUGUGGAGAGGGAUCGGGUUGGGCCAAACCUAACAGUGCUCAGGGCUUACUCCUGGCUUUGUGCUCAGGUAUUACUCUUGGUGGUGCUGGAGGACUCCAUUGGGUGCCAGAGAUUGAACCCAGGUCAGUUGCACGUAAGGCAACUACCGCCUUCCCUUCUGUACUAUCUUGCUUGCCCCUGAUAGAGGAGUUUUAAAGAAGGAAUGGUUAGCUGCUUUCAGGUACACCAUUUUGACCACUAAAUUGAACUGUUAAAGCCUUCUGGCAUAGUCAAUGAAAAAGUUUUUAAUUUGCAAAUACAUUGUGCUCUAAUUACCUUGAAAACUUCUUUAAGAAUUAUAUGUUGGUUUAUGACUUCAUAGAGAGGCUGGAUGUGUGUUUGUCUAGAAGAAGCUGUAAUUCAUAAACAUUUAGCUCCCAAGUUUUUAGUUGCAGAAUAGUAUUUAAUUAAAGAGCCAUUUUUUUCACCCCAUGCUGUAUAUCUGUUUUUAAUUUGUUAACAUUAGUUGUUCAUCUUAUCAACUGAUGCUGUGAACACUCAGAAAUUAAGAAUAAAUGUUUUUGUAUCUGUAAGCAUGCUUCUCCUGAAAUGUAGCUGCAUUUGAAGUUGGCAUCAUAUAUCCUAGUUCAAGAGCAGGAUAAGGUGGAAAUGUGAUGGCUGGAGGUAAAAGAUUCUUAGUAUUACCAUAUUUGGCUCCUCGUAAUUAUAUCAUGGUGAUAAAUCUGAACCUGGCGAGUGGUACAAUUGAAUAUAUUCAUUGAGAGUGGAUGGACCUUUAUAGAAAAGUGGUUGCUGCAGAUUCUAGUUCUUUCAAAAUCCACUUUAGGGUUUAUUCACAGAUUGUGUUCAGUUGGUAAAAAUUUUGUUUAAUGUUUAUCAACCACCUUAUGCCAUAUGUUUGCAAGUGUUAUUUUUUAUUUUGAAUUUUUACAAAUGUAAAAUAUAGACAGUGUAUUAAUGUUACUUAUUCAGGAAAAUCUAUAUACUGAAGGGCUUUUAUAUAUAUAUAUAUGAAUCUGGGAAAGUAAAGCCUAUUUGUUAACUAUACACUGCGGUUCCAUCUGAUUUGAAAUUUAGAUUUCAGCAUGUCUUAGGCUUCAUUUUAUUGAUUUAUUAGAACAUAUAAUAAACAAGUAGUGAUGUGUGAAAACAAAGUAUUCAUUUUUAUUUUAUAUUCUAUAUCUUUCCAAAAGUCCCUUAAUUAUGAAACUAUUUUAACAGUCAAGAUGUAAAGGAGAUCAGAAAAGUGAAAAUUCCUAACAAUUGUAAGUCUGUACAGAAAUAGACUAGAUGUAGGGAUAAGGUAGAUCAGAAAGAUGACAGCUUCAGAGAUUGUUUAUAACAAUUCAGUUCAAUUUAAGGGAUGUUUCUUUAUUGGGUUUUCUAAAAGUCAUCUGAUUUUACAUUUAUGUUGAAGCUGAGGAUAAAGAGAAAACAGUAAAAAUUCGGUUUGUGGGAAUAAACUUGUAAAAUCUGCUUGCA